CCAUGCAAAUGUGUGGCGACGGACGUGGAAGCAGGUCUUGAAGGAAGGCAUAACAGCCACACACGCUGCUGACACUAGGGACCGAGAGCCCAACGAGAUUACCACAGCCGCGUUACGGUUUUAUUGAAAAGGAGAUCGUUUAAAGCGUAUAAUGAAAGCUAGCCAGUGCUAUCAUCGACGGCACUGUUAAACCGAGCCGGGAUCGCACAAAAGAGCGCUCUCGCCGCGUUGAAGUGCGGAGGAGGGGGAACGCGCUGCAGAACAACAAGCAGACGUCCCUUUAUUAGCGGAGACACCGUGCCGGAGCGCCUGGCGCGCCACAGGGAGGCUGCUUGGAAGAGGCGCUCGGAUGGUGGUGCCGCGGACCCCGCGACUAUGCGACGACAGGGCUGGAUGAUUGUUCUAACGGGGGCGAUGUGGUACUUCAACCCAGAGAGAGCCUUGGGAGCCCCGCAGCGAGAAGUCUCAGUCUCGCGGGACAGCUCGCUCUCUCCUCCGCCCUACGUGGUCAUUCUUAUCUCCUGCUCCGGCCUGGUCUCCUUCAUCCUCCUACUCUUCACCUGCCUCUGCUGUAAAAGGGGAAGUGUUGGAUUCAAUGAGUUUGAUAACACUGAGGGAGAGGAAUGUUCUGGUGCAUCCAGCCCGGCUCCUGAAGACAGUCUGUCCUCAUGUCCGUCUCUGCCGGAGGUCUACACGCUGCCCGUGCGAGACCGGUCAUGUCCAGCACUGCCCAAUGGGACAGGAAUGCUUCUCAAACAUCCCAGAUGCACAGGUACAGACUCCAGGUCUCAGAGUUUUCGGAGACAUGCCCUGAACUACCUGCAGGAGAUCGGAAAUGGGUGGUUUGGAAAGGUGAUCCUGGCGGAGGUGUUGUGUGACUGCAGCUCCUCCCAGGUGGUGGUAAAGGAGCUGAAAGUGAGCGCCAGCCCCCUGGAGCAGCGCAAGUUCCUGGCUGAGGCCGAGCCGUACAGAAGCCUCCAGCAUCCCAACAUCCUGCAGUGUCUUGGACAGUUCAGUGAAAGCGUCCCUUAUCUGCUGGUUAUGGAGUUCUGCCAGCUGGGGGACCUAAAAAGAUAUCUGAGAGCUCAGAGGAAGUCAGAUGGCAUGACCCCUGACCUUUUAAACCGUGACCUAUUGACUUUGCAGCGAAUGGCAUAUGAGAUCACCUCAGGUCUUCUCCACCUUCAUGAGAAUAACUACAUACACAGUGACCUGGCGCUGAGAAACUGUCUGCUCACCUCUGAUCUGACGGUGAGGAUUGGAGAUUACGGUCUGUCACACAACCACUAUAAGGAGGACUACUAUCUGACUCCAGAUAAGUUGUGGAUUCCUUUACGCUGGAUUGCUCCGGAGCUGCUAGAGGAAUUCCGAGGAGAUCUGGUGGUCACAGACCAGACCAAGUCUAGCAAUGUGUGGUCGUUGGGUGUGGUGAUCUGGGAGCUUUUUGAGUUUGGUGCCCAGCCACACAGACAUCUGAGUGAUGAAGAAGUCCUCACCUUCGUCAUCAAAGAGAGGCAGAUUACACCGGCCCAACCUCGUCUCAAACUGUCUCAUGCAGACUACUGGUACGAGGUAAUGCAGUCAUGCUGGCUCCCACCCUCUCAACGUCCAACAGUCAAUGAAGUCUUCAUCCUCCUCUCGUCUCUCCUGGCCGUGGAGCAGGGGAGGAAACAGAGAAGUGUCACGGAUGAUGAGGAUGAAGAAGAAUAUGAGGAAGAACACUGCAGAGGGAGGAGAGGAGAGAGUGAAGAGUCAUUUGAAAGGCGAUGGGAUUCCCUGCGUCCUAACGCAUUGCAUUCAGCCACAGGCCAGAGACACAAAGGGAGAGAAUAUGGCAGAGACAAUGGGUGUUUCAGAGGGAAUAGUAAUUCCUUUCCUUUGCUGGAUCCAGUGAAUUCAAUCACUCCUUCAUCAUCUGAGCUCGAUGACAUCCUGACAGUGACGGAAACUAGCAAAGGGUUAAAUUUUGAAUACCUCUGGGAGAAGGCGCAUGGCAGAAGGGGUUACAAACCUCUUCCUCCUCCUCAGCCAAUACCUACGCCUAACUCUGGUCACCGGCAGUCUCUGGACACGCCCACAGUGGUUCCUGUUAUCAGUGCUCGAAGCCCAUCCUUGGCCAGCGAAUACUACAUCCGCCUGGAAGAGCACACCCCCCAGGAUAAAACUCCCACUCUUAAAGCGAAUGCAUCCACAUCACACAAAGAGUCUGGUAGUCCUGGAGACGUGGAGCUGGUUGAGAUUCGAAGUGGGACUCUGGGCAAGGAAAGGAAAGUUUUUAGUUACAAAGGCAAUUUUGGACGAGCUACCUCUCAGACAGUUCAGAUGGUGCGGUCCAGUGAAGUCCAGGUCCUGGUGCCCAACACAGGACUGGUUGAGUUUAGCAAAGACGGUUGUGCCAGGGUGACAGACUUUGCAAUAGUUGAUGUUGGAGAUAGUACAGAGGAUGAGGUAAAAAAAGACCCAAGCCCAAAUUGCUCUGGAUCUGUAAGUUCUCAAGCACCCGUACUCCCUCCGAAACCCAGAUCCAUGUCCACUUCUUCAGGCAAACAUCUACACUCGCGUCCCCUACCUGUUCCUCCACCCAUAUAUCCCCGGCCAUUCAGCCUGGGUCACCACUACCCUGUAUCCUCUUACCCCACAGCCAAAUCUGAGACUUCAGAUCCACUAUAUAUGAGCAACUGUUCCACAUCAAAAGCCAACUUGGACCAUUUGGGGUUCAGCCGCACACACCAGACACUGCCUCCAUCCCCCUCUCUCUCUCCCUCCAUUCCUCCAUCUUCUGGAGGUCAGUCCAUGUUUCCUCCACCUCAUACCUGUCCUCCGCCUCUUCCUCCCCAUUACAGGCUCCAGAGAGGCCAUUACCAUGGUUACUCGGGUGCGACAUUUCCCAGACAUAACAAAAACCCCACAGUGCACUUGCAAAGAGACCCAUUAAGCUGUGAUUUUAUUGACUGUGAUUUUACUGAUAAGCGAACUGCUGACAGCAGCAAGACACAUUUGCUGUCCUUCCACAAUUCAAAGGAUGGCACAGAUUUAUACAUGACAGACAAGGAUUCCCCAACAGACAGAGAGUCACCCUAUGCCAGAAUGACUCACUCACCGUCUCCAAUUCCGAACACUGAGAGAAAGUUAUCCUCCAGCCCAUUAAGCUUGGAGGAAGACGAUAAUUCUCCCUUCAUGUCUCCGACAAGACCUAGCAACAGCACAACUGUGGAGCACAUCAGCCUGGCUGAUGAUCCAGACCCUGCUACAACUGAGCUCUUCUCCAGAGGAAUGAAACGGACUCAGUCUCGUCUUGCCACCAUCCUCCCAGCCAUCUGGAAAGAAGAUGCCGAGAUGCAUCGGGAGCGAGUUGCAGCAGCUAGGAAGUCCCCAAUGCACCUGUUCCUGACAGAAAUCUCCAAUGACCCCUCAGACCCAAACAUGGGAGAAACCUCCUGGGGCAAGGAAAGUGGGAAAGAGGGAGUAUUUAAAGGGAUGCGUCGCUCCCGGUCCCUCCUCACGGAGCUCGACUCUGCGACACAGUCAUGGAGGAUGGAUGGGGGCUCGCAGACUGGACCCGACUGUGGUACCAAAAAGAGCGAUUUGUUCCUCACUGAGAUUGACACUGCAAUGUCAGAUUGUGAAGAUGUCUACGAUGGUGAGGGGGGGACCCCAGUGUCUCGCUUUGGAACCACACCCUUCCCUUACGCACAUCCCCAGGACUUACCAAUGUACGCUGAUGCUGAGGAAGCUUGCUCACAAGGGAUGAAGAGAUCUCACUCCCUGUUGUCUGAGAUAACCAUUGAGACUGAGGGAUCUGAGCCUCAAAAAGGCAAAAUGACCAGAGAGGAGUUCCUAAAAGAGAUCCAGUCGGCUGAGACCUUUCUCACUGAGAUAAUAACGAGACAGCAGGAAGAAAGUCCUUCAUCUAUGCCGGUAUCUCCUGAAUAUGAGUGUAUAGCCAUGCAGACUAUCAGCUUUGAAUCAGAAAGGUCACCAGGAAAGCCUCACAGUGACAGGAAAGAGGCAAUCUAUGCUCAGGUUACCAAGAGAGCAAAAAAUAGUGAAAUAAAAGUUGCAGUUCGUCCAGAAAUUCCAGUACUGCAGAUAGCAUCAGAAUUACAAAAUCUCAAAAUAGAGCAAAACGUAGCCGCUGAUAUUCAUUCAGCCAACACAGCACCAGAUUCAGUGUCUCAAAGCCCUGUUAACUUUGUUUCUUCAGGCAACCUGCCCAAACCAGGACUUCUUGCAGACCAGCUUUCUCUUCCUGUGACAGACAAAACAGAGGCUGAGGUGACUGACAGUGGAAAGGAACAGUUUGCCUUUAGUGUAUCUCCCCACUGUAUGAACUCUGGGGAGAGAGCAGAGCUCUUGAGACACUCAGACAUCCAGUGCUCAGGAAGGGAUAUAACGGAAGCCAGCAAGGAACCUGAGAUAAACAUAGAGAGCAGCUCUGUACAGGCACAACUGAGGGAGGAUGAGAGCCAUGUUAUCAACCGAGUGAUGUUAGAUGUAGUGCCUAACACAAACGAAAGGGCUCUUGGUUAUGGCUCAUCUGGAAGAUUAGAACAGCCCCUAAACAAGUCACAGCUGAUAAAUGAGCCCAGCAUUUCAGCAAAUACCACUGCCUCCAUAACUGAGUCAGACAGUAGCCCAGGAAUGUUUCCCAUAGCUAGUCAAAGCAGAGAAAGACCAGGCUUCCUUCAGGCUAAGCCCCAAGUCUUCCAAGUGGAGACUCCCCAUAUGGACAGUGAGCAACCUACUCUGACUGACAGAAACAUAAAUUUAAGCACCAGACACGAGUGUGAAAAGGUAGAAAUCUCAGCAGAAAAUGUCACUACAUUUGGUUCCACAGCAUCACUGGAUGAUGCAGGCACAGAUGCAUGCCCACUGCCCUUGCCCCGAGAACCAAAUUCAGACCAGUCGCUGUCCACCAUUACACCCACAGACUCUGCCAUGUCGCCUCUUACCUCCAGCUCUAUGGACUGCCUCACUCCCGGAGACUCAUGGGGUUGUGGGGGAGGCACAGGCUGGAGGGUCCUUGGGACUGAAACCCCCCACCGGGACUCUGCCUACUUUUCAGACAGUGACUGGGAUGCCGGUGAGAGUUUACCCAGAAGAGGGGCAGACGGACUGGCAUCCUCUCGGCCUGCCAGUGGGAGAGCUGGAGAGAGAGCAACGCUGAAGGGAAUUGAGGAGAAAACUGAGGUGGAAGAUGACAGCCCAGUAAGACAUGGGAGUUUGGACAGAGACAAAGCAAAAAACAAGGAGAUUGUUAAAGAAUUAUUUUCAGAUAAAGGAGUUAUAUGGACUUGUAGUGAUGUCAUAGAGGGAGUGGAGAAAAGUAUUAAGGUAUCAAAGAUAGAAGACAAUGCUGUGCUUAUCGAUAGGCUGUUCUCCACGAUAGAGGAAAAGCCAAUGAUAAUCCAUGAUGAUGGCUCCCUGCAUAAUUUCCAAAUAUCCUCUCUCCUUGAUUCUAAGAAAAUAGAGUUUCACAAAUCAGGUAAGAGUUUGGCAUUGCUCCCCAAACCAAUAGCAGAACCUCUAGAAAAGUCCAACAAUCCAAGCGCUCUGGACAAAACUGAGGGAUCUCAGGCUUAUUUGAAAGGUAAUAAUUGUGAUUCCUCAACAGUCAGACAAAUUCAGGGGCAAAUGUCAGUGUCAGACAACAGUGAGUCCAGUUUGCCUCAAUUUUACAGCUUUCAAUUAAAAAAUUCAUCAUCCAUCUGUAACGCUCCAUUUAAUGAUAGAUCUGGCAAUGAAGACAUACAAUGCAGCUUAGUCCACUCCAUCUGGUCUGAGACAAAAGUUGAGGUGCCUCCAGUAACAGAGACACCAGAUAUACAAGAGGAAGAUGCUAAUGAGCUAGGACUGAGAAACUUGACCUAUACAGAUGAAAGUGAGGACGAGCAGGCAAAAGUAAAAUCAGCAACUGAAAUGCAGUUAGCCAGAGUUGAGCUCUGCUUCCCAACCCAGAAAUCUACUGAGAGAGAGCAGGUUACUUCAACAGAGCGAUCCGAAUGUUUUGCUGACUUUGGUAAGGAAGCUUCAAAGGAAUUUAAGCUAAGAGCGAAAGAACUGUGGAGCGCCGUUGAAGAGGAAAACAGUGCUGGCAGUCUUCUGAAGGGAGAAUUUGGCUGCCGACAGUUCCAGCAAGGAGAGCUUCACUUGUGGCCUGCUGAAAACGACCAGUGGGCAUCAGCUGAAAAUGACCAGUGGGCAUCAGCUGAAAAUGACCAGUGGGCAUCAGCUGAAAAUGACCAGUGGGCAUCAACUGAGACUCAGAGGCCCAAAGUGGAAUUAGGGUCCGAAUUCUUCCAAGGUUUUGGAGAAAACAAGCUGACAGAGGAAGAGAGAAUGGUCAUGGGGUGUGAAUUCUGGGAAGCAGAGGCAAAUGAUGAAUUAACAAAGAGUGAGCCUCAUCCCACUCUUCUUAACACCCAUGACACCCCCAAUGAUGAAAGGCAAGAACAUUGCGAUUAUUUUACACUGGACGGACGGUUUCCAAGCAGCAUCCAGGAAGCUCCUGCAACUCAACAGGUGCCAUUGCUGAGGAUGGAUGCCCACCAGGAGGAAAACAUGGAGAAUCCUGGAUUCAUGGAAAAUGCAGAGACAGAUGAGGAUGUAAAAUGUACAAGGGUGGCAGUGGAUAAUCUGGAGAAGCCAGAGCAAGAGCUUCUCACCCAGAUUAAUGAUGUUGGCAGCAUGAGCUCCGGUACUGCAAGUUCCAAACUGUAUAUACAAAAUGAGGUAGAAGAUGAUCUCCUGGAAGAAGAGAAUCAAAACUUCAAUAGACUAGAGAAUGCAGCCGGAGAAAAAGGUGGUGUAGACAGCAUCCCGUCAUUUACUGAGGCAUCAAGAUAUGAGAACAUGGAAAACCAAACUGAAUCUCAUCAUGUUGCAAAUCAUAACUACAGCGUGGCAAGGAAUCACAACUGGAUCCCAACAGUAUCUGAUAAGAUGGAGACUUUGGUCACUGCCCCCACAGUGACACAACUGACACACUCAUCUGUCACAACUAAUACUGCUGUUAAACUUCACUUAGCUUCAUCAUGCCAGGACAGUUGCAACAGGGAACCUGGCAGGCAGGAUGAGGAAACACCAUGCAGGGAGAGAGGGGAGGUUUUAUAUUUUGAAAAAGAUAGAUCAGAUUCUCCGUCCUGUCCAAGUCUUACAGUUAACACUGAAACAGAAGCAUGCACUUUCCACAGCAGUGAUGGUCAGUGCUACUCCCCUGCCUUUGUUUCUAUGGAGAUCUUAGACUGCGAUGCUUCUCAGCAUGCAGAGAUGACCGAUUGCCAAGGUCCAAGCAAUUACCCAAAUACAGUGCACCAUAUAGAGAUCAAGUCUAGUGCCAAUUUACAGACAUCAGAUGAUCAACCCUGGCCUGAUAUCACAGACCAUGAAACUCUCUCACUCUUCUCUAAUGAUGCUAAUUCUAUAGAUGUGUCUUGUGGAGAACGUUCAAUCAGUACUCACAACAAAGGCAUCACAGCAAAUCUGGGGCAAAAAACACCUGUGUCACUCAUCACUGAAGAUCAGUCUAGCCUGGUAUCAAACCGUAUCAACGAGGAUGACAGAAAUGACAUUUCACAUCCAUCAAUCUCCCAGGCCUCCUUGAACUCAAUCCCAGAGUUGCUGAUCUCAGAAUGGAAGGACUUGGACGAGGAGCCACUGGAGGAUUUCGAAAAGCUCGAAAAGUUGUGCUGCAUUUCUGGGGACGAAGAUAUUCUUGACGAUCUCCUUUUGGGAAACUUAGAACUGCUUGAAUCUUUGAAAAAGAAUCAUGAAUCCUUAGCUAGCCCAGAGGCAGACCAGAUCAGCUCAGGGACUUCAGACAACAGUAAUGGAAUGAAGCCAAAAUCCAAGGGUGAUGAAAUCUCGCACAUUUCCCAGGCAAAAUCACAAGGCCCGGAGAAUAAGAAAAGCUCUCAGCAUUCCUCAGGAGACCCGUGUCAUUUGUUGGAAAAGAGGGAGGCAGUUAAUGUCUCAUCACCUCUUUCACCAUGUCACGCAAGUGAAGGUAUUAAAGGCCAACGGUCGUUGUCACAAAUGCCAACAGAAAAUGGACUAAUGAUGCAGGUUUGUGAAGAAAAGUUACAGUACUCCCUUAGUGAGAACGUUAAGACUAACGUGCUGUGGAGAUCUGUUGUGACUUCACCUCCCUGGGGAGUGGCCAGCCCUGCUGCAGAGACGGCUCCUUCCGCAGAGAAGGCCUCCCAGGGAUCUGACAACGAGGAGGGCGGAGCCCCGGCCAGUGCAUGCGAGGGUGGAGAGGCAGAUGCAGGGUUGUCCAUAGCGACAGAGCAGCACAAGGUCACCCCUGCCCCUCCUGCUGCCAACCAAGCGAUGAAAGCCAAACUGGCUCGCCUCUCCCUCCCUCUGCCUCCUCUGGCACCACAUCUCCCUCUCUCUCCCGGCCUCAAAGGAUUCUGGGAGGGUGGCGAGCACAGAAUUGGUCGGAGGAGGGGUGUGUCGACAGGAAGUGAUGCUGAAGAAGAUGAGGAAGAAGAGCAGGAUGACGAGUCAUCCAGGAGAGUGAUCGUUGUCACAGAAACAGAUGUUCACAAGAGAGUGGGACUGAGGAGCUUGCUAAAAUCGCCAAAGGAGCCUCUAGAGAAAGAGAACCGCGACCAUGGAAGGAAUGUGUCCUUUUUUGAUGAUGUCACAGUCUAUCUUUUUGAUCAGGAAACUCCAACAAAUGAGCUGAGUUCUGGCUCCACCCCUACAAGUCCAUCCCCCCUUGGAAAGCCCGCCCACUUUGAUGGUCUGGGAGCAAGCAAUCACAAAGCCAGCGAGACUAAAGACCUGACAAAGCCAAGAUGCCCCAGAGGUGUCAGCACUGUACCAUCAUCACGCUUCACUGUCAGUCCUGCCGACGACCCGCAUUUAGUGUGAUACACUGCUCCCACACAUCUGGGGAAAAUGUAGCGCUCUGGAGUGACAGAGUUGUCUCCACUGCCGUCGACGACUACGACGGCUUCUGGAGGUUAUUUUUUUAAAAUCAGGAUGAAGAAGGACUCCUGGCUUAACGGCUGGAGAUGUUCCAGGUUUUCCUCUGCUGCAGGAGCUGCUCCGUGCUGUACAAAAACAGAAACCUCCACAGCCAUGCAGUCUGGAAGCUACUCCAGACAUGCAGGAGAGCUCACGGCUAUGCAAUAGAAGUCUUAUUGUGUACCAGCUUCACUGCUCUGUUUUCAUGGCUUCUUACAGUGCAUUUGUAUCCUGAUCCCCUUAAGCAGGAAGGGGAAGCACUUUGUUCACCAGUACCUGUUUAAUUGUGAGCUUGAAUAGAAAUAUUGACAUUUGUAAAUUUGUUCUCAUUACAGUCAGACAUCCCUGUAGGCGUGAGAGGAACACCCAGGAACAGCCAGCCUAACUGUGCUGUGAACUUUUAGUGUUUCAGAUCAAUAGUGAAAUUACCAUGGUGUACAAAUUCAUUUUACAACCAUUUAUUUUAGAUGUAUUCUUAGAAUGCACGAUACAAAAAUAAAACUGCUACCAGCUGUUAUGUUUUGUACAGUAUUUUUUAUUGCAGAAUGUUAUUUAUUUCUGUAUUAAUUUGUUAGCGUCAUUGUGUACUUAUUUAUGAUUUGUUUCUUAAAUCAUGUUGUCUGUUUGCACACAGACUUAAUUUCCUUCCUUAAUUUGCUUUAUCAUUUCAGAACUUAAACAUGUACUUUGCUUUGGGUGUUAAACAAUCAAUUAAUCAGUUGCUUCAUUCCUUUCAUUAAAUUAUAUUUCCACGUUUUAAAAUAUGUGCUUUAAAAUAUUUUAUAUAAUUUACCAGUUCUAGAUGUUAGUCUGUAGUUAUUCGUCAUUAGCGUGUCUAUUUCUAAUUGUUAUUUUAACAGUGUAUUUGACAUGUUCUUUCCAUAACUUAAUUUAUUGUUGCUAAGAAUGAGGGGGGAAAAAAGAAAUAAACAAAUCAACUUUGGCAGCAAACAUUGUUUAACUUCCUUGUGGGUUUGUAUUCAUUUGAUGACCUGUCGAUGUCGUAAAGGUAACUCCGGAUCCUUUGUAAAGCGGCUUUCAGCUACUGUUUCAUUGCGAGCUUUCUUACGGUCCUGCGUGACCUGGCGAGGAAUACAAACAUGGAGACUGUGAAACAUUUAUGAACUGUUUGAUGAAAAUAAAAUUGUACUGGCUUAUAAUA